AUUAGAAACACUGUGUAUUUAUUACGUAACGUAAUUCUACCGUUUCUGAUAAUUUCUUGUUUUUUUUUUUAAUUUUCUAGGGACUUUUAAUUUUUUCGUUGUUCAGAACUGGCGGCGGUUUCUUUUUAAACUUUUUUUAUGGCGUCGUUGAAAGUUUACUCAAAAGAGAGGUUAACCUGUAAAAAGUUUAAUUUUAACAUAAAAAGUAAAAAUGAGUGUCUUUCAAGACAACUCAUUAAAUGUUGAUAAUCCCCAAAGUCGCGAGGAGGAUGAAGAACUCGAAGAACAGAGAAGACGUCAAGAAGAAUUAGCAGAUUUAUUAGCAGAUGGUAUUCACGCUUUUAAUUAUGACGAUAGUACGAUGAAUUCAUCAGUAACAUCAGUUGAAGCAAAUGAACCAAAUUAUCAAGGGUCUUUAAGGAAUAAAAAUGAAUUUAAGUAUGAGGCCAGUGGCAAAAGUUUGCUAAACGACGUCACGGACAAUUCAGCUAUUGAACAAUGUUACAAGGAUGCAAAUCAGCAGGAGCAGUUAAAGAUUUUAUAUGAUGUUAGAGUCAGAGAAAUUAAUCGUCUUCAGAAAGAAUUUGAUAAAUACAAAGAAGAGAAAAUAAAGGAAAUUGGAAUACUUAAAAAUAAAGCGACUCUAGCAGAGGCGGAAAUCCGUCAUUUACAAAUAUCUUUAACAAAUUCUGAAAGUUUAUUAGUUGAAAAAAAUCAAAUCAUUAAUAACUUGAAACAAGAUUUGGUACUAAAAGACACGAAUAUCGAAAGUUUCAAGAAAAUCUUGGAAGAACAAAACUUGGAAAUAUGUACAUACAAGUCGACAAUCAACGAGUUGCAAUUGAAAUUAGCUGAUAACAACCCAUUUAGUACAGGUGCUCGAAAAGCCAACUCUGAGGAAUUACAAAAAGCUCAUCAAGAUCAGAUUAUUAGUUUGGAAACUUUAUAUCAGGAACAAUCAAAAAAAGUUCAAAUUCUAGAAAAGGAGAAAGUACGUUUAGAAGAGGAUUUGAAAAAGCUAAUGAAAAGCAAAAAUGAAGUGGAGGAAGAAAAUAAUAUGACUAUUAUGGCAUUAUCAAAAAAGCUCCAAAACGCGCAACAACAAUGUAAAGAUUUAUUUGUUCUGGGCGAAGCUAUAAAAAAAGAAAGUGAUCAUUUUAAAGAUAGACUGCAACAAUUGGAAGUCAAUAAAUUAGAUGUAACGGAUGUUUUUCAAAUCAAAAAAAUGGACAAAGAAUCAAUGAUGGUUCAUAUGGAAAAAUUAAGACGAAUGUUGUUGGAUAAAGAUAUUGAAAUUAAUACACUGAAAGCAAAAUUAAAAUUUUAUGAUUCAGACCUCAAUGAAUUAUUUGAAUACAGACAGAUCUUAAGUAAAAUGUAUUCAUGUGAGGUUAAACCAUGCAGUGAUAAUGAACAUGAGGAGCUAAUAAUUUUUAUGCAAAGACAGUUACAGAGUUACCAACAGGCUGUUGAAGAUCGUAACAAUCAAAUCAUGAACCUGAAUUUGGUAAAUAAGGAACUGCAGGAAAAGAUUGAAGAAAUGAUACAUCAAACAAGAAGUGACAUCCAGAACUUAUCUCAAAAAUACAGCUUGCCUCAGUUGGAAACAAUGAGUAAUGAAUUAAAAAAUGCAGAAGUUACAAUUAAUAGUUUAAGACAACAAUUACUAGAAAAAGAGCAGACUGAUAAAUCUACACAAGUGUUAAAAGAAGAGUUGAAAAAAGCAGAAGAAGAUAAACAAAAAUUGUUGAUUCAACUAGAUGAGUUUAAAAAAAUAAUUGAGGAGAAUGAUAGAGUUAAGACUCAGAUUCAAAAAAUUUGUCUCAAGUUGGGACUUUCAGAAACUGAUUUACUUGAGUCUGAUGUUGAUGUCCAUGAAGUCAAUACAGUGAAGUCAAAAUAUGGAAAAGUUCACGAACAGCUGCAACAGAUUCUUGCUCAUUUGGAAGCCACAAGUCCUAGAAGGACAAAUUUUGGAAUUAUCCACAAAAUGAAAAAAGACGUACAAAAUUUUCUUAAUUCGUUUCAUCUUGAUAAGCUUGAAAGUAAACAAAUUCGAGAAAAAUUGGAACUGUGGGAUAAUAUGUUGAGUGAUUUUAUUGAGAGUUUCACACAUGGCGGGGGUUCCAAGAAUGAUUUUGAAUUAAAAGAUACUAUUGAUGAACUUACAAAUGCGAAAACUAUGUUGGAGGGUGAAAAAUUUGCUCUGGAAUAUGAGUUAAAACGUAGUAGUAAUGAAAUUGCCGAAAUGAAAAAGGAAAUCGCUUCAUUGAUUGAAAAUAGAAACAAUUUAAUAAAAGAGUCUGUAGAUAAUGGACACACUAUUCAAAAAUUGAAAGAUGAAAUUCUUAAUUACAAAAAAUGCAUGCAGAUUAUGGAACAAAACAAAUUAGAAGUUGAAAGACAGUUGGAUAACACUCAAAAGCAGCUAAAUGACGCAAAACAGGAAACUAUAGAUCUACAAAAGGAAGCUAAUGGAGCAAAUGAAGAUGUGGUCCGAAAAAAAUUAUUUAAAGAGUUAGAAGACGUUGAAAAUGGCCUGGAACAAGAUAAAAGAAACAGCGACAUUAUAACCAGCGAACUUUUUCAAAAAUGUUUACAAGCACAGAUCUUGAAAACGGAAUUGUUAUUACGUGAACAGUUACAAGAAGAUAAUUUAAAAAAAAUGGAAAAAAUUGAAGAGGAAUACAAAAAAGUGAUUCAACAAAGAUCUGAUUUGUAUCACAAGGAAAAAGAAAAGUGGAAAAUUCAGGAAGCCAACUAUCGCAAACAGUUUGCUGCAGUUUUGGAGGAAUGUGGUCGAAAAAUGGAAACUUUAGAAAAGGAAAACAUUGAUUUAGCAAAGCGCGUACAUAUUCUCGUUCAGGAGUGCAAGUCUUAUAAAAGUAGUAGCAUAACUGUUCUGGAAAAGUAUAAUAAACUUGCCGCUAAUUAUAAAAAAUCUUUUGAGGACUUAAACAAACGAUGGGCGUCCCUUUUGGAGGCGUAUAUGUUCAAUGCGACUAAAAUUGAAAAACAGACUAAUAAAAAUGUAAAAAAUAUCAUGAAAAAAAUGGUUUUAAAUGAUAGGGAGAUACAACUAAUAGAAAAUAUUUAUAAAGAGAAAAUGAAGAAAUUUCUUGCUGAGAAGCAUAACAAAUUCUGAAAACUUGUAGAGUUUUGAUUUUUGUAAAAAUAAUUAAGGAUUGGUACAAAUAAAGUGUUGAUAGUUUUAAUAUUUUAAUUUAAUGAUUAAUUUUAUUUAGGUAAUCUUUAUUUGUCUUUUGUUCAUAAAAAUUAAUGAUAAGGAAAGAUAAUAAAGUUCUUAAGUAAAGAUGCA